UACAUAAGAGGCUCCCUGUGUGCGACCCUCUCAGCAUUCAAGACCAGAGUGUGAGGGGAUCCAACUAUUGUAUGUUUCUCUGUGUGUUGUCUACAGAGAGGGAGAGAGAGACACAGACAGAGAAAGAGAGAGCAGUGGCAGCAGCAGCAGGCUUCUCUCAAACUCAAGUCUUUUGCUCCAGUUUGAAUUCAGAGGUGUACUUUAAACUUUUCAAUCCACAGUUGCCUUUCAGCUCAGCAGAGAUCAUCUUACUACUUUGACUCUUGUCUUGUGGUUUUCCGCGUUGCUGCCUGAUUUGCUUUUCCCGUGGAACUUAACAGGAUCAGAAGAGGUUGCCGAGAUUUCAUCGAGUGGUGGAGUGGUCAGAGGCAGCCAGAGUCAUCAUGGCUAUGUCCCAGGAGCGGAGUGUGUGUCUGGGGUUUUGGGUGCUCCUUUUGCUCGGUGCAGGCAUGGAGGAAGGUGUGGAGGGAUGUAGCUGCCACCCAGCACACCCACAGCAGCUAUUCUGCAGCGCUGAGAUUGGUUUAGAGAGGGCCAGGCUGAUACCUUUCCGUCUCCACUCUCUUCCCCUUGUAUGUUUUUGUGUCCAGAUGUUUAAAGGUUUUGACAAGGCCAAGGACAUCCAGUAUGUGUACACUCCAGUCUUCUCCUCACUGUGUGGAGUCAAACUAGACUCCAACAAUAAAGCAGGGUAUUUGCUCUCAGGAAGUAUGUGGAGUGAUGGGAGAAUUUCUAUUGGCCAAUGUGACCUAGUUGAGUCCUGGGACAACUUGUCACUGUCACAGAAGAAGAAUCUCAACUACAAAUACCAGAUGGGCUGUGAAUGCAGAAUCAACACCUGUUACACAGUCCCGUGUGCGUCUACAGGAGAAAACGAGUGCUUGUGGACUGACUGGCUGCUGGAUAACAGCCUAAAUGGGGAGCAGGCUCGGCAGUACGCCUGUAUCCGCCGCUCUGACACAACCUGCAGCUGGUACCGGGGUGGACCCCCACCUGAGAAAGACUUCCUGGACAUGGCUGACCCUUGACCUGUAAUUCUGAAUAUUCAUUUUACUACAUUUCCCAACUGCAAAGUCCUGAUAAACAUUUCCUGCUUUCGCUUAUGUAGCUCAAAUUUGGCAAGCAAGUAGCAACUGAUUUAAACGAACAAUUGGCUGAUUUUCAAGGGACACCCACUGCUGAGCCUCUGUUAGCAGAGUUCAGGUGGUUGCUAAAGCAAUGCUAGGAAUAUCUUUGCAAACUGCAGGGGUUUUCAACCGUCCUCUGACUCAGAUUUUUCUCGCUCUCACACAUUCCACUUCACUUGAUGUUUUCCACAGAAUAAGAAUAGCAGCACACCAUCCACUGCAAAUUAUUCACCUAGAGUGAAUCUUUUCUUUAUCUAUGAUUGCCUUUUCGAAAUGCAUAACCUUGACAAAUACAGAAGACCUCAUAUUUUUGUUAAUUCAUGACUUACAAAAGGUUAUGUCGUCAUUUAGAUUAGGCAUUUACUGAAAGUAGAAAAAAGAUGCCAACGUCAGCCACAACCCUGCAUUGCAAAGUUGACUUUACAGCCUGUAAUCAAUUAUUCUAUCCACUAAAUUUUUGCAGGUAGCACGCAGCACUGCCACAUUUUCCCCAUGUAUUAUGGUGUUGAACUAUUACCUUUGAAUAUUAUAACUGAAUAAUUGUCCCAUGCAAAUGAAAAGGCACUGUAUAUAUAUAAAUAUAUAAAGUGUAAUGAAAAGCAACACCAGACAUACCACCAAUUAAUUAUAUUUUGACAAAAUCUGACAUCAAAUAUAUAUGACCAUAAUUCUUGUACAUCUAAAUCCUCACAGUUUAUACUCUCAAAAUUGCUGAGAAUGUAAAUAUUGUACCUGAGUGAGAAUUAACCUUUUAAAGGCUAACCGGAUCUUAGUCUUAUAGCAUAGAAGUUGUUAUCUUGUGGUUGUGUGUGUUUAGUUUCCUUGGUUGUACUAUUUCCUGUGCCAAAAAUCUAACCCAGCGCUCUAACUGCCACCUGUAGAAGCCAAGCCACCUCUCCUUAGAGGAAAUUAUGUAACAGGACAAGGUUCAAUUCACUGUUUAAAACUGCUUAAAACAGGAAUUGGAUUCUCCUCAAAGUUCAAGUUCAAGAAAAGGAAUAGGAAACACUUUGGCACAAGACGUUAACCAACAAAAA